AUGGCUACCUUCACGUACGAUAUCACCUCCUCUGGACCUGCCAACCGUUCUCCCUCACCUCGGCUGCACAUGGAGUACCUCCCGUCGGCGUACACUCCUGAUCCUCGGUCAGACGAAGUGCACCAGCACCUCCUUCCAAUGCCCAUGCCCAUGCCCGUGCCCCUCUUCUCUGCGUCCGGUGACCUCUCUAAGGAUGCAGCAAGUGAGGUGUUUGCUGAUUUUUCUGCCCUGCCGUCCACCGUCUCGGGUCUCGAUGACAUUAACUGGGAUGAAUGGAUCCUGUUCGACUCCCCCCCAGUCAAUGUUCCCCCACCGUCACUCCAACUGUCGGCUUUCUCCGACGGCCCCAUCGAGGAGGCUCACCCAAGCCCGAGCGAUGUUGCUGAUGACCCACCCAAUCGACGAGAGCCAGCUCUUCCCCUGGCCCCAGAAGAUGGCGAAGGCAACACAUCGAAGGAGCCGUUGAACUCCGAUGAUUUCAUCGAGGCUGACCCACGCCCGGGCGAGGAACAUCACAUCCAAGCCCACCGAUCAGAGCAAGUUACCCCCCUGGUGUCCGACCGUUGGGAUGCGUUGGGGGAGCUGGAUAAGCGGGAAUACAUUAUCUUGCCCCUUUCUCAAGUGAAGAUACUGAAGCUGGUCUAUGAGCGAGACGGGGAUGAGAUGUACCAGAUAGUAGGAUGGACAGAUUUACAAGAAACAUGGGGCGCGCAAGAAAAACCUUGGAAGUACUCAGGUUCUGCUGGUAAGCUCAGCACCUGUGCUGUGAAAAACAUUUCUCACACCUCACUUCUCGCAGAAGAUCCAAUCAUCAUCGACGGACCAAUGAUUCCCACCAGCUUGCCUUGUGGUUCUGAUCGGUUUAUCGCCAUUCCAUCCCUUCGACGGAAUAUAGAGAGUGUUCCAGGGGGUUAUGAGGUAUAUGCCGAUAUGACAUUGGACGAUUUGCAGGAGCAUGGAGGGUUGGAACUGCUGGCAGCUUAUUACUCCUGGAAGAACAGAUGUCGUCAAACGGGGUCACGUGGAUCACGUCAGCAUUGA